AUGUCCCGCUCCGUGUCCCGCUCCAUGUCCCGCUCGUCGCUCCGUUGUCACCGCUCGUCGCCCCGCCCCGCUCCCGUCAGGCGCCUUGUGCUGGGCGGAGCCGCUUCGGGACGCGGGAAGAUCCCGCUCCGCCCCGCCGUGAUCGCGGUGCAGAUGGCGGCGCAGGGCGGCACGGCGGCGGGGGAGCGCACGGAGCUGUCGCCGCGAUCCCGGCAGCAGAUGCAGGAGCGCACCCCGCCGCCCCCCUCCGCUCCCCCCCCGGCCCCUCAUGCCGCCCCCCGCCGCUCCCCGCAGCUCCGCGUGCUGCUGACGCCGCUCCCCGCCCCCGGCCGCCGGCUGCCCCAGAAGCGGCUGUUGGGCGACUACGGCGGGGCCGGGGCGGCGGGGGGGGACGAGAAGCGGCGGCGCGAGGAGCGCUACAGCCCGGAGCACGCGGACAGCGGGACGGACGGAGACAGCGACGGGACGGAGCCGGGUCAGGACGGGAGCCCGCGGCUGUCGGCGUACGAGAGGAAACGGCUGAAGAACAUCUCCGAGAACGCCAAGUUCUUCGCUGCUCUGAAGCUGCACGAGUCAGCUGCAAGACUCCGUGAAAUCGUAGCCAAGGGACCAGCUCAUGCCACCAAGAGAGCAAAGCCCAGGAAGGCCGAGGGCAGCACGGUGCAGCGCAGGUCCAUGCGGCUCCAGAGGAUGCAGCCCCCAGAGGUCCCACAGGUGGAGGCACCAGCACAGGAGGAGGAGCAGGAAUAUGUCCCUGCCGGACCGCUGCCCAUGGCCACGGGUGGGCAGGAGAAGAGUGAAACAGCGCUGCUGGGCACCUGGCUGCAGCUGAGCGAGAUGAAGAAUAACAACACUGAAAAGCGCACGUGUGACAUGGCGAGGUACCAGGCUGCCCUGAGCUGCAUGCUGCUGCGCGAGGACGGCAUCAGGAAGGUGGUGAGCGGCCGUGUGUGCUCCGUGGCCAUCCACCCCACAGAGAGCGCCGUGCUGGUGGCAGCUGGGGACAAAUACGGCCACGUCGGGCUCUGGGACGUUAGCCGCACAAGUGAGGAAGGAGCUCAGGUCUUCACCCCACACAACUUGUCCGUCAACUGCAUGCACUUCUCGCCCUCCCACCCCGCACAGCUGCUGUCCCUGAGCCACGACUCGCUGCGCUGCGGUGAUGUCAGCAGGGCGGUGUUUGAUGAGAUUUACAGAAGUGAGGACAGCCUCUCCUCCUUCGCUUUCCUGGAAGACGGUGCCCACACGGCCAUUGUGGGGCUGUGGGAUGGCACAGUGGCUGUGGUGGACAGACGGACCCCGGGGACGUCACCGGAGCUCUCUGCAGACAUCGGCUUCAAAAUGACGAGGACGGUGGACGUGCACCCCGUGGACAAGCAGUACUUCCUUGCUGCAGGCUCUGUCGACGUCCGUGUCUACGACAUGCGAUGGCUGCGGCGCAGUGGGAACAAAGCAGUGAGUGCCCUGCGUGGGCACAGCAAGAGCGUGGCCUCCGCGUACUUCUCACCCAUCAGCGGGCACCGCGUGGUCACGGUGUGUGCAGACGACAAGCUGAGGGUCUAUGACACCAGCUCUUUAUCAGCCAACUCUGCCCUCCUCUGCACGGUCAGGCACAACAACAACACGGGCCGCUGGCUGACGCGCUUCCGCGCAGUGUGGGACCCCAAGCAGGAGCAGUGCUUUGUGGUGGGCAGCAUGGCACGGCCCAGGCAGAUCGAGGUGUUCCAGGACACGGGGCUGCUGCUUCACGCCUUCUGCAGCCCCGAGCACCUGGGCUCCGUAUGCUCCAUCAAUGCAUUCCACCCCACCAGGAACAUCCUCGUGGGGGGCAACUCCAGCGGCCGCCUGCACGUCUUCAUGGAGUAGGGGGGGGGGGGGUUGUCCUGCAUGGAGCUGUGGGUGAGAGAACUGCAACUGUGCUGUCGUGGGACAAAGCUGAUCUUUUAAGUGCUUGGUCUGUGUUUAUGGUUCCGGCGUUCCUUUCAAUAAAAGGAUGUUUAAUCUAAA